GUGACGUGCUGUUUCCCACUUUGUUACCGUCGGCGUUGUUUCAAACGGCCGUUAUGGCUCCGAGAAGACAUACGCAAAAUCCGGCACAAGGGCUGCUGGAAGCCGAUUUACUGGACGCAGAUCUCACCAGAUGCUGCGUACCGACCGGCGAUUGUUUGCGCGCCAAUUCGGCGGACAGCCCGGCUUAUGCCUUGAUCAGCCUGGACGAUUUACGCGACACGGUACGGGUGACAUGCAACAACGAGAGCUGCACAGUGGGCCGGUAUAUGCAUCGCGAAUGUUUCGAAUCCUGGGAGCAGAGUGUUUUGACUUAUCUGAAAUCUUGCGGACGUGCCAGGUCCUGGUCUGAACGUCAACGCCAUCAGAAUUUGUGGACUAAAAAGGGAUACGAUUUAGCUUUCAAAGCUUGCGGUUGCCGUUGCGGCCGCGGACAUCUGAAGAAAGAUUUGGAUUGGAUGCCGCCGCCGCCGACGAGCGGUCUCUUCGGGCGCGUGGAUGAGGACGGCGGUCUUGCAAAUUCUGGAAAGAAAAAGAAGCGACGUAACCGCGGAAACAGUCGUCCGACGCUGGCUAUAUCCGCCGCUCAUCCGGUAAACGGGUAUCAUGCUAACGGUAACGCGGUCGUACAAGAUCAAUUGUUGCGGGGUAGAGCCGGCAGCUUGUCUUCGAGCACGGGAUCAUCCUCGCCUCCAGCGUCGGCGAGCAGCGAUCAAGGCGCUUCGCCUCUUCACGGGGCCACGGGAGCUCUCAAAAAGAAAUCGUCUGCUAUCAAAAUUGAUUUCUUUUCUGAUCGCAUAAGAGCCGGUUCUGGAGCCAAUGGCAUCUUCUCUCGUCGCUUGGACUUUUCUUCCUUCAAUUUGCUGCCUCGUCAUAAGUUGAACUCCUAUCAUAUUAAGAUGGAGGACGAGGGAAACCAUGGCAAUGAUGACACACGAUGCUUCAUAUUAUCUACUUUGGCAGCACAGCAAAGGUCCAGAGUUUCUUGCGUGCUUUGCGACGAUAUCAUGCCUGUGUUUGAUCGCUAUCCAUUGGUCGAUGGGACUUUCUUCUUGAGCCCAAAACAGCACGCCAAGGGAUGCCAGGAGGUGAAGUUCGAGGGUCGCACCCAAUAUCUGUCUGCGGUCUGCAUGGCCUGCCUGGAGGCCUCGAGCCCUGAACGCGUAAUCCGCUGCCGCUUUUGUACCACCCAGUGGGACGGAUCGUCCCUGGUUUUGGGCACCAUGUACUCCUAUGACAUCUUUGCUGCAAUGCCGUGCUGCGCCGAGCGCCAUAAGUGUAACAAUUGCUUCAAGCCCUUGCUCCAUCCUCAUCAGCGCUUGAACUUCUUCAGCGACUACAGUCAUACUCUGAACUGUCCCUUCUGCCACGUUCAGGACACACACUUCGUGAAGCCCUUGGCUUUCUGCUACACCAAACAGACGUUCCCGCUUUACCAGCAGUGGCCAUAACACGAUGCCUCGCCGAC